UUCGAUUUUGCAGGCUCGGAAAAACCACCCGGCAGGUCUAUGACCUGAUGGCUAUUGUUGAUUGGUUACAAGGGUGGUCGAAAUAGUGGAGGUGGAAGUCGAACUGGAAUUUGUCAGUGCAGUUCAGCUCAGUUGAGUGCGACUGCGGUAGGCCUACAGGUUUCAAGUGCAUUCAAGAGAACCCAUUCGAUUUGAAGAACUGGUUGUAGGAAGUACUCGAUAAAUAAUAUAAUGUCAGUGCUAUUAGAAUCACGGUCAUUCAGGCCGUUCAAAUCCAGCGAGGAGUAUCUGUAUGCAAUGAAAGAGGAUUUGGCUGAGUGGCUGAGUGGUCUUUAUCCGGAUCUUUACAUAAAUGUAAUGAACUUCAUGGAUCGCUUAGACACGGGAGUGGCCUUGUGCAAGCACGCGAACGCAGUGCGCAAAUAUGCGGAGGAAUAUGUGAAGCGCAGGUGCCAAGGGAGCGCGGGUCGCCGACUAGCGGGGUCUUUGCUUGGAGUGCCGGGAGUCCGCUACCUUCCCGGGGCCAAACCUGGAACGUUCUUCGCUCGCGACAACGUGUCCAACUUCAUCACGUGGUGCCGUAAGGGCCUCGGCGUCAUCGAAUGUCUGCUGUUCGAGACCGACGAUCUGAUCAUGCGCAAGAACGAGAAGCACGUCAUCCUGUGUCUCCUGGAGGUAGCAAGACGGGGAGCCAGGCUUGGCAUGCCUGCGCCCAUGCUAGUCCAACUGGAGCGAGAGAUCGACCGCGAGAUAGCGGCCGAUAAACGACAGUUGAAGCGCGGGAUGAGCCAGCACGAAAUCCAACAGCUGGAAGAAGAAGCUAGCGAUGAUGAUGACGAUGACGAUGUUAACACUCAGUUCGGUCCCCUGCCUCAGAUUGUCACUAACGACCUCAAGAGCCUUGAUGAAAUGGUGAGAGAUUUGGUGGAGAAAUGCACUUGUCCUACCCAGUUUCCAAUGAUAAGAGUUUCAGAAGGGAAAUAUCGUAUUGGCGACACCAAAGUUCUUAUUUUUGUUCGGGUCCUGAGGAGUCAUGUGAUGGUUCGAGUGGGAGGAGGUUGGGACACCUUGGCGCACUAUCUUGACAAACAUGAUCCUUGUCGAUGUAAAACUGCACACCGAGCUCCAGUAUCGACGAAGGUUGUGGGAAUGAGAAUGGGUGGGCCGGCUGUUGAACUUACACACGCGCAAGUUCACUAUGACAGGUCGCCACCCCGUACUAGACGCUCUUCAGCGUCCAGCAUAGGCAGCAAUGGUGGAAACAGUCUGUCUGUUGAUUCUCGCACUCUAUCUCCGAGAAAAAGCAGUUCAUCGGAUGGAAAUGGAAAUCUAGACCGGGAAAGAAGUGUGAGCCCCGCGAUGAACACUCAGACGUUGUCGCCUUCAACUCAUCACAGUCGCACCUCGACUCUAGCGAGCAGGCAGAGGAGUCGGAGUCCCAGUCAACAGCGCAGUCGAUCCCCCACUCCGCGUACCACAUACCUUUCCGCCAACAAUGCACAGUCUGCUGACAAUGCUUCUGUCAAAAGUCGAUCAAGAUCACCAACUCCACGCCGUGCCUCAUCCUGCCAACCUAGCUCGAAGAACAGAUCCCGCUCAACAACACCAAUGAGAGCAAAGCAGCCAAAUCAGGAAACCAAGCACAAAAGCCAAGAGCAACAGCAGCAACCUCUACCACAACUGGUGCUCUCUCCUCUACCAGACAGAAAGGAUGCGUUGAAAGAAGAACUAAUAAAGCAGAUCAGUGUAAAACAAAGCUCUCUACCUCUUGAUAUCGAAGCCCAAGUUCAACAAUACCAACUUCCUCCACCAACUGACAGUAUUGACAGUGGAGUUGACACAUCUCCCGCCCACAAAGUAUCCGACAACUUCACCAACAUCACUAAAAUAACAAUCAAUCCUGCACCAAGCAGCCCCUCACACCCACCCGAGGUUUCUUCUGGAGUAGAUACCACACCUUCGCGCAAAAUCUCCGAGAAUUUCGAUGUUCCUGAACAGUCGAAGAAGCCGGUCAAGUAUGGAAGUAUCAAUGCUCUGGACUCGUUCGGUGCUGACCCACAUACCAACAAUGACAGUGGCUCCGAAGUAUCCGAUGAGGGCUACCGCAGCCUAGGCAUUGUUAACACUAGCACACCGGGAUCAAACGCUGUUACUACACCUCAAGGAUCACCAGUUAGGGUAGCAAGGGUGGUUAGGAGCAGAUCACUAGGAGGCCAUGAAUCUCCUCCUCCACCUCCUCCUCCUACCCAACCAUCACAACAAUCAGGAUCAGCUUCGGUUUGCAGUUCCCCUUUUCGACGCCACACGCCUGCUAGCAGGUCUGCAAGACAUCCUUCCCAUCAACCGAGAUCCUCCUCUUCGUCUGUCAACCGAACAUGGAACAGUGGCAGCAAAAAACAGAGACCAACCAUCUCGUCAGACACGUUCUGUAAGCAGGUAGCAGACAUCAUGCAACAGUAUGCCGCCAUGAUGCCAAGUCCCCGAAAAGACUCUAAACCUGACUCUGGAAUCACAAGGAUUCCGGCACCUGUGCACAAGACGUAGCACGGCUCAAACUAAAGUCAAACCUCACUAAUUCGCAGCUCACAUGACAUCAUUUUCAAAUAGGAAGUUGGAUUUAUAAUAAUUUAUCUUACAAAGAACGCUGCAAAAGCAGGUGUUCAGUAAUGAAUACAGUAUAUAUACAGGUUAGAUGGACAAGAUGUCAUAAAGGUAUUGGAAAAAACAAAAAACAUAAUUUUUGCAAAAUUUAUGAAAACUUACAAAAGUAUUUUCAUGUUUAGUUUCCUGCCAGGUUUCAAGGCCCUGGUUCUUAUCUUCAAAGUACUAUACUUGAUACUUUUGAAGAUCGGAAUCAGCAGAUUGAAAAGAGUUUUAAUUAUUGACCAAACAUGUGUAUUGUUUUUUAUACUUGGAAAACUUGUAAAAUCAAAUAAAUUGAUAGUUAUGAGAGAACAAACUAAUUUAUCAUAUUUCCUCUACAUAUGCCCACUCAAAUGAUUAAAAAUUGAAUAUUUUUCAAUUCUUACAACAGUUCUCUCAUGCUUAUUAAAAUCAGUUUGUUCACCAAUGCCUUAGUGAUACAAGAAUAAUUUAAAAUGGUAAGUUUUUAUAAGAAUUGCCGUAUAGCCUAUUCAGGUGGCCAAAUUCUCAAAUCAUGACAUGAAAAGUGGUUAUUUUAUGGCAAUCAUAAAAACUUACCACUUUCAAUUCUUCACCUUCCAUUGGAAUAAUAUUAUUAAAAAUAAUGCGAAACCAUUAGAAUAAUAAUAUAUUAUUUGUAUCAAUGGACUUGUCUAACAGUAGAACGUUUCUCAAGUGAGAUGAAUCUUUUUACAGGGUGACACAGAAAAACGGGAACUUUUGAAAACGCCAUAAAACAUUAGUGUGAAGGAUAAAAAUGAUUUUAUUAAAACUAAUGUAAAGUUCAAGACUUGCCAUUUGAGAAUUAUUCAUAACAUCUAUCACUUUUUGACAAUUACUUCUUUAAGAUGGCUUUCUCCUGAACUAAUACACUUUUGAAAUCUGUGUUGACGAUUCCUCAUUGAUCGCUGCAACAUCUGCGUUUCCUGGUCCCAUGAUCUGUCCACCUGUGAUUUUCUGUUUGUGGAGCUAUCUCAAAUCAAACGUUUUCACAACUUGACCAAUAACUGUGGUUGAAUCUUAACAGACAAUUCAAAUGUAAUUAACAAUAUCCCAGCUGAAAUGUUGCAGCAAUCGUUCAGGAAUCUCAACACAGAUUUCAAAAGUUAUUCGUGCAGGAGGAAGCCAUCUUGAAGAAGUAAUUGUCAAAAAGUGAUAGAUGUUAUUAAUAAUUCUCAAAUGGCAAGUCUUGAUCUUUACAUUAGUUUGAAUAAAAUCAUUUUUUCCCUUCCCACUAAUGUUUCAUGGCGUUUUUAAAAGUUCCCGUUAUACUGUGUCACUGUAUUUUUCAUUACCUUAGUGUUUUUCCUUUCAUUCAAGCCAAAAAACCACUUCAAUGUUUGGAAAUGGAAGUUGUUCCUCUUAAUUCAAACAUCAAUACAAUAUAAGUUUGUUAUGUUCAAUAUCAAAACAUCUAAUCAUAUUUUAUAUCACAAGACAUUAUUCGAUUAAAAACGUGUCUCUUCACUUCCCAAGGUAUGCAGCGUUGUGAAAACCGAUGUAUGCAAUGGAAAAAACAAAUUAGUUCAAUUUAGAGGAAAUAAAUUAAUAGUUUUCACGAAGAUAAUUAUAUUUUAAUUCAUUAUAAACCGAUAUUUUAUUCAAUUCACGAUAUUUUAUUCAAUACAGAAUUUAGACCUCAAUUUGGAAGCCUAUUUUUAUAAUAAUUGUGAGUCGCAACUAGGAAAACGAUUAAAAGAAAGUUUAUUGAAGAGUCUUUGAAUUAAGUGAUUUUAAUUCAAAUUCAAGAAGUCAAUUAAAAGUAACUUAGGUUUUCAGAUGUUUUUUUCAAAAAAUGGCCUGCGUUCACUUGGUGACAUAGUCUACUGUUCCACAUUUUGACUCCUAUAUUUUCUACUACUCUCAUAUUUUUCCUACAAUUUUUUCUUGGUAAAAAAAAACUUUGGCAACAAAUUACUUUGAAGUUUACAACCUGGCUUCAACUUUAAAUUUAUGUGAAAAUCACUGAGUUCAAAGAAUACUUCACCAAAUCUUUUUUUUUGAGUUACUGUUUACAAUUAUAAAAAUAGGUUACAAAAUUUAGAAUCUAAAUCUAUAUUUAAUAUAAUAUUAGGUUUGUGAUUAAUAAAAUUGAAUAAUCUCAGUGAAGAAAUUAAAAUUAAGGAAUAUUAAACUGAAGAUUUUGUAUAAAACGAAAAAUGCGUUCUUGAAUCAAAUUGAAACUUCAUUACUACCUAUAAUAACCUAUAACAUAUAGGUUCCAUUAUAACCUAUUUGUAUAAUUGUGAGCAGCACUAGAAAAAACUUGAACAAGUGGAAUGUAUUGAAACCAAGUAUUGGAUAAGAAAAAGU